GGCGGAGCUGGGUGGGCGGGGCGUCGUCGCCCAGAGUCCCGCUCCCAUGGCCGCCCCCGGCUCCCGGUGCUGCCCCCUCUCCCCCGGGCCGCGCCCCGGGGCCCCGCACUGACCGCCCAUGGCGCCGCCCGCCGCCCGCCUCGCCCUGCUCUCCGCCGCGGCGCUCACGCUGGCGACCCGGCCCGCGCUCGGCCUCGAACCCGGACUCGGACCCGGACCCGAAUGUUUCACAGCCAACGGUGUAGAUUACAGGGGAGUGCAGAACUGGACGGCCCUACGAGGCGGGGAGCCAUGCCUGUACUGGAACGAGACGCUGCAGCACCCGUACAACACGCUGAGAUACCCCAACGGGGAGGGAGGCCUGGGCACACAUAACUACUGCAGAAACCCAGACGGAGAUGUCAGCCCCUGGUGUUACGUGACGGAGCACGAGGAUGGCGUCUACUGGAAGUACUGCGAGAUCCCCACCUGCCAGAUGCCUGGAAACCUUGGCUGCUACAAGGAUCAUGGAAACCCACCUCCUCUUACUGGUGCCAGUACAACGUCCAACAAGCUCACCAUACAGACCUGUAUCAGCUUCUGUCGGAGUCAGAGGUUCAAGUUUGCCGGGAUGGAGUCAGGCUACGCUUGCUUCUGUGGGAACAAUCCCGAUUACUGGAAGUAUGGGGAGGCGGGCAGCACUGAGUGCAACGGCGUCUGCUUUGGGGACCAUGCCCAGCCUUGUGGUGGUGAUGGCAAGAUCAUCCUCUUUGACACUCUCGUGGGUACCUGCGGUGGCAAUUAUUCAGCCAUGACAUCCGUGGUCUACUCUCCUGACUUCCCUGACGCCUAUGCCACGGGGAGAGUCUGCUACUGGACCAUCCGGGUCCCGGGGGCCUCCCGCAUCCAUUUCAACUUCACCUUGUUUGACAUCAGGGAUUCUGCGGACAUGGUGGAGCUGCUGGACGGUUACACCCACCGUGUCCUUGUCCGUUUCAACGGGAGGAGCCGCCCGCCUCUGUCCUUCAACGUCUCGCUGGAUUUUGUCAUUCUGUAUUUCUUCUCUGACCGUGUUAACCAGGCCCAGGGAUUCGCAGUCUUAUACCAAGCUGUUAAGGAAGAGCCACUGCCAGAGAAGCCUACUGCCAACCAGACGCUGGCUGAGGUGAUCACAGAGCAGGCCAACCUUAGCAUCAGCGCUGCGCGGUCCUCCAAAGUUCUCUACGUCAUCACCACCAGCCCCAGCCACCCACGCCAGACCGUGCCAGGGUGGACAGUGUACGGCCUCGCAACUCUCCUCAUCCUCACAGUCACAGCCGUCAUUGCCAAAAUCCUGCUGCACGUCACCUUCAAGUCUCACCGUGUUCCUGCUUCAGGGAACUUUAGGGAUUGUCACCAGUCAGGGGCGUCUGGGGAAAUCUGGAGCAUUUUCUAUGAGCCUUCUACUUCCAUUUCCAUCUUUAAGAAGAAGUUCAAGGGUCAGAGCCAACAAGAUGACAGAAAUCCUCUUGUGAGUGACUAAAAGCCCCUCCAACCCCACGCCCAGGAUGCAAGGUCCCUGCGAGCUCCAGGCUGCUGGGGGCUGCCCCUUCCAGCUGACUCUCCCCUGGCUCCCGCAGCCUCUGCAGAGACGCCCCCCCUGCAGACGGGGCAGGAGUCACAGGGACUGGUCGUGCUCGGUCAGCUGCACUUAGGAAAGAGGCUCCAGGCCUCAAGUCGUCCCCAUCUCUGUCUCUGUCUGUCUCUGUCUCUCACUGUGGAACCGGGUGUAUCAGGACAGUGGGGCCGAGCUGGCUGUGCAUAAGGCUGGUCUCCAUCCUGUCCGUGGUAGACGGCGGUCAGGUGGUGGGUAGGUGUAGUGUGCGUUGUACCUCACUUUUCUUCUCUCUGUUGCCUGAGGGCCAGAGGAGAAGGCUGAGUUGUGCUUCUUGGCUUGGUUUUGGUUUUUUUGAGGGCUGAGGUGCUAUACUCUUGGACAUUAGCUCCACAAAGCCCACAAGGCGGCUCCCACUGAGUGCUGACUCUGGGACUUGGCGCUCCGGACCCAGAUGGCCUUCUCCAGCUGGGAAGGGCUGAUGGAUCAGGGCCGGGUCCAGAGCUCCUCAUUCUCGUUAAGCUGACACCUUGCACGCACAGGCUUCCUCUCUAACACUCAUGCACUUGUUCACUUACGCAGCACUCUUCACGGGACGCUCUCAGAGGCACUCAGUGACUCCAUGUUGGAUCGGGUGUGUCUGGCCUCGACCCCAAGCGGCCAGGGUCCCAUGGGGCCAGACCAGUCCCUGUCUCUACAUCAUUCCCGAAGUCGACUCUCAGUUCAGAACAGGGAGUAUAAACGUUGUGCUUCAGCACUCGAGCGGCCUUAUGAGACACAGCCAGCAGUGCCUCCACUAGGAAGCCCUCAUUUUAAGGGAAAAUUAGAAGAAAAAAAAAACCCUAAACCAUUAUUCUGUAGCCCUCUCUACCCCCUUUUAUGGGGCCAACCGGGGUCACUCACAAGUGUGAAAAGAAAAGACUCUUAUCUCUGGUCCCAGACCGCCCUCUCCUCAGCAGGGGAAAUGAGAUUAGUGUGAGGAGUAAGGAGGAGGACUUGGGAACUGGAGACCCUCAGAGGAUAAGCGUCCUAAGAUUGAGAGCUGCAGCUGCGGGGGCCGCUGUGGUGAGAGCCGGUGCCAUCCCUCAUUUUUAGAAGUCCCUGCCACGGGCAGCAGGCUGCAACAGCUGGGGAGAGUGGUCUGGGCCUUUGUCAGAGCGAGAGUCCCUAGAGCACUUGGCCUUGGGCUUGUGGUGCCUCACAGGCUCUGUCUUUGGGCCGCUCUGCCUACCUCCUUCAAGUCCCCAAGCCACAGCUGGUUGUGUCCCUCCCUGCCCAGGAUUUUGCCACAGUGACUCCUGCUGUACCCGGCCUCUCCCGUUACGAUGGAGGCUGCAUGAGACCAGGUGUCUGUGGAGAAAAGCGGUUCCUGGAACACUAGGAGAGAUACUAGGGGCAGGCAGGCAGAGGGAGAGGGGCCAGUGUGUCCAUGGGAGGGGCCUGCCGCAGGCUGGAGCAGCUUGGUGUGGUCGUCACGCUCUGACCCGGAGAGCGUGAGGCCCCGGAACAGCUGUCUGCAGGCCCCGCAUCCGGAGACAGAGACAUGUGCGAGCCAGGGACCGCUGGGAAUGCGCCCCCACGCGCAGCCUCCCCCAAGCUCCUCCUGGCUCCCGUGGAAUCUCCUCUCCAGCACUAGCGGCAGGUGUGCGCUGUCACAAAGGGGCCCCCUCACAACACCAGGGGCAUGGGGAAUCUGGCCCCGGGCAGGGUUUGCCCUGCUGAGGGAUAGUUGGUCAGCUGCCUAGGGCUUACACUGAUUGCUGGCCUUUGGAGGCUCCCAAGGGACCACCCACCCUCCUACCCACCUCAUACUUCAGGUCAGAGACCCGGCCCCAAGCCUGGGUGUUACCUGACCUGCAGCCAGGAAAGCCCUUUCUCAGAGAUCACAGAUGCCCUGGCAGUGCCCUUCUCCCACUUGCCUGGCACAGGCCAGUACUACCAGGACCACCUAACUGCCCAAAUGGACGACUGUGAGAAACCCACACCAGCCUCAGGACGGUGUGGUGCAAGAGGGCUGUGAAUCACCGAGGGCUGGCUCUCCGUAAAUGCCAUGACUGGGGCUGGCAGCCAACAGUAGCACCCCACAGAAGGUCCCCUGCAGCCGAGCAGACACCUGAGAAAGAAAUUGACCCACAAGAGAUAAGACACGCUGUCAGGAACUCCGAGGGAGGAAGCAUUUUUAAGAAAUGACUUUAGAAGAAACAGAGCAGGGUGGGUGGUAAUUAGAAAGAAUGAGAUUAUUACAGGUCACAGCGCAGAGGAUUAUGAAAGAGGGAAGGGGGGUUUUGAGGACCACCAGGCUGUCCAAAUCCUCUGUCCCCUGCCCCAAGCUGGCAUAGAGUGGAGGAGGCCUGUCCACCUUUCAGCCCUCACUGCUGGGGCCCAGGCCCGCCUCCUCAGUGUGGGAUCCAGCGUCGUAAAGGAAGGCCUGUCUCUAGUCUGUGUGUCUCAGUGUCCUGGGUCUUUCUAGAAGGCUGGCAGGACUGCAUGUGGCCCAGUCAUUUUGCAGACCAGAGAAGGACCAGAAAUGAACCCUUGGCGCCGUCCCCACUGUCAGAACAGGGCUGUGGCCUCCUGGGUGUGAGCAAGGUAACCCAAUUGCUGUAAUUUCUCAAGUUGUGGGCUCUGGCUCAAGAUUCCUAUCGGCCAGAAACUCCCAAAGAUCAAAGCGCCAGCAAGCACAGUUGUCCUGACCUGCAGGCCAAACCCAUGGGGCGUGUCUGGGCAAGGCACUCCGCCCCCCCACCCACUCACACCCCAUGGUUACCCGGAGGCAGGAGUUGGCCUCACCUGCUUCAGGAGCAGGCCAGGCCAUCACCAAGCCACAGUGCAUUUUGGGCACUUCACCAUCACAGUCUCUUACCAGUGGAAGCCCUGUCUCCUUGUCUGAUGAAACCAGCCAGGUCUCUGACAAAGCCAGGCCGACCCCCUCACUCCACAGCCCAGUCAACUGGUGCCUUCUUGGAUUUCAGAUCUCCAGUUUGGUGUUUGAUGUCUGCUUUGAUUUACUGCCUUGGGAAUGUACUCAACCUCUGGUUUUUCCUCUGGUGCCUCGUUUACCUUCCUCACCGCUCUACCUCCUGGCCCGGCUUUCAGCUCAGCGGCCCUGGCGUGGAGUGUUUUUCAGACCUUCCAGCCACAGCUGCCUCCCCUUCAGGCCGGAUGGCUCCGGGGUGACGGGACCCCACUCUCUGCCUGCAGACCCCAGACAGGUGGUCCCUCUCUCACCAGGCUGAGCGUACUCAUGAGGCAGAAGCAGGGCGUGGAGGUAAAUCUACGUUCCAGAAAGACCUUGUCUUUGGGAACACAUAGUGGGGUUAAUUCUUGCCCUGCCUUCACAGGGCGUCAGCUUCAAGACCUACCCACAUCCAGGUUCACCCUCCUGUGAGGAUCUUGACUUUGAAUAACAAGGCUUUACUUGUACAUAAGCUCUUAAUAUGCGACUUUGAGGAUAAAAUAGAGACAUCACGUAUUUUAAAAUAUGAAAUGAAGUUUGACGCACUGUGUACAAUUUAAUAUAUAUUUUUAGGAUUUUGUUAUUUAAGGAAAUGGAAUGUAAUGGUACUUAACUUUUACAAAAGAAAGAAAAAGUUAUUUUUACUGUCUGGAGAAAAUAAAUAUUCUCACUGUGGUAGAAAUGUG